CUCCUCCUCCGCCGGCGCCGCCGUCUCCUCCUCCUCUCCUCUCCCGCCCGCGCUCGGAAGCCAUCUCCCCCUUCCCCCUGACGCCUACCUCUUCCCCCCUCACCUUUCCCCCUCCCCUCUUCUACCAUGCCCGGCAUGAUGGAGAAAGGGCCCGAGUUACUGGGGAAGAACCGAUCGGCCAACGGCAGCGCCAAGAGCCCGGCGGGCGGCGGCGGCGGCGGCGGCGCCUCGUCCACGAACGGCGGGCUGCACUUCUCGGAGCCCGAGAGCGGCUGCAGCAGCGACGACGAGCACGAUGUUGGGAUGAGAGUCGGAGCAGAAUAUCAAGCUCGGAUCCCCGAAUUUGAUCCAGGUGCUACAAAGUACACAGAUAAAGACAAUGGAGGAAUGCUUGUGUGGUCUCCAUAUCACAGUAUCCCAGAUGCCAAAUUGGAUGAAUAUAUUGCAAUUGCAAAGGAGAAACAUGGCUACAAUGUGGAACAGGCACUUGGCAUGUUGUUCUGGCAUAAACAUAACAUUGAGAAGUCCCUUGCUGAUCUCCCUAAUUUCACUCCCUUUCCGGAUGAGUGGACAGUGGAAGAUAAAGUCCUAUUUGAACAAGCCUUUAGUUUUCAUGGGAAGAGCUUUCACAGGAUUCAGCAAAUGCUUCCAGAUAAGACAAUUGCUAGCCUUGUGAAAUAUUACUAUUCCUGGAAAAAAACUCGAUCUAGGACAAGCUUAAUGGAUCGCCAGGCUCGUAAACUAGCCAAUAGACAUAAUCAGGGUGACAGUGAUGAUGACGUGGAAGAAACACACCCAGUGGAUGGAAACGAUAGUGAUUAUGAUCCCAAAAAAGAAGCCAAGAAAGAGGGUAAUACUGAUCAGCCUGUCCAAACUAGCAAGAUUGGACUGGGGAGGAGAGAAUAUCAGAGUUUACAACACCGCCAUCAUUCUCAGCGUUCUAAGUGCCGUCCGCCUAAGGGCAUGUAUUUAACCCAAGAAGAUGUGGUAGCUGUUUCCUGUAGCCCCAAUGCAGCCAACACCAUCCUGAGGCAACUGGACAUGGAGUUGAUCUCUUUAAAACGUCAGGUUCAGAAUGCUAAGCAAGUAAACAGUGCACUUAAACAGAAAAUGGAAGGUGGAAUUGAAGAAUUCAAGCCUCCUGAGUCAAAUCAGAAAAUUAAUGCCCGUUGGACCACAGAGGAGCAGCUUCUAGCAGUGCAAGGUGUCCGCAAAUAUGGUAAAGAUUUUCAAGCUAUUGCAGAUGUAAUUGGCAACAAGACUGUUGGCCAAGUGAAGAACUUCUUUGUAAACUACAGGCGUCGGUUUAACUUAGAGGAGGUAUUGCAGGAGUGGGAAGCAGAACAAGGAACCCAGGCUUCUAAUGGUGAUGCUUCUGCUUUAGGGGAGGAGACAAAAAGUGCUUCUAAUGUGCCAUCAGGGAAGAGCACUGACGAAGAAGAGGAGGCACAGACCCCACAGGCUCCUCGGACUCUGGGUCCAUCACCUCCUGCCCCGUCAUCCACUCCAACACCAACAGCCCCCGUGGCCGCUCUGAACCAGCCACCACCACUUCUUCGUCCAACACUGCCUGCUGCCCCAGCUCUUCACCGGCAGCCUCCUCCACUCCAGCAGCAGGCUCGGUUCAUCCAGCCCCGGCCAACUUUAAAUCAGCCUCCGCCACCUCUCAUUCGCCCCGCUAAUUCCAUGCCUCCCCGUCUAAAUCCAAGGCCAGUGUUGUCCGCGGUCGGCGGCCAACAGCCACCAUCACUUAUCGGAAUUCAGACAGACUCACAGUCCUCACUGCACUAAAGUUAGAUUGGACAGAGCUGCAGUAACUUUUCACCCAUCACCACACCAGUGCUCCUCUGACUGUUGAUGCAAAAGAGGGAAGAAGAGUCCUUCUAGAUACUGAGGCUGCAAACUAAUUCUGUGGCCAGUGGGCUCUCGUAAGUGGAUGUGUAAGGAAUUUUUUAGUUCAUGCAACUAAAAUGUUAAACACAACAGAAGGCCUACAGUUAGCCUCCUUUCUAGAGUAUACAUUCAGCGACAUGAUCUCGUUAAAGGAAAAGAGAUAAGUAUUCUAUUUACCAAGGUUUUUUUGUUUUGUUUUUACUGUAUUUAUUUUAUUAAGAAUCUUUAUAUUCCUGCCUCUUCAUAGUCAAGGCUCUUAGUACAGGAAUAUUGACUUAGGAAUUGUGAAAACUCCUUAAGUUUCAUAAGUUAAGGAUGUUCAACUAUUUCUCUCUUUUUCUUUAAUUUAAUUUUUAACAACAUUUUCCUAUGUUAGGAGUGCAAGAAUAGAUAACCUGCAUUUCAGAUUUUGACGUAUGUUCAUUUAAUGCAUAUUUAAGCAAUUAUAGCUGCAUAUCCCUUUUUUCAAAGACUUGCUUUUUUUUCUAAAGGAAUUUAAAUAUAUUCCUUUAAAAGAAAGCAAUUUUAUCAAUUGCAAAGCAAUUAUAUGAAACCACAAAGAAUGUACUGAACCUACUAACCCUUUAACAUACAGUUUAGGGUCCUAGUGCAAAGUCCUUGCUUAAAGGUCAUUGACUUGCCGUCUUUCAGUAGUAAGAGGAUGGGAAUAAUUAUUUUACAUACAAUGAGGACUUCAUUUGUUAAAGUACAGUGUCUUUAAGUUCCUUAAAAAUGGAGUUAAUGCUUUUUUUUUUUUUUUUUAAUGUUUCUAAAUGCUAUCUGCUUUUAACUAGUAGUUGCCUCCAUUUCGGGACUUUAGAAGAGAAUUAUAUUUUGUCAGUUAUGUGGAAAUAGUGGUUCUGGAAGCAUUUAUUUACAAUACCCUUUUUGUGUUCUGAACUUUAAAUUGCCCUCGUACUUAUUAAUAUGGUCUGCAUUUAAUAUAAAAGAUGUUUUCUUGAUCAAUCUCUAUUGUACUAUUUGGGUACAUUUGUGUAUUCCUUGCAGCCAACCUGUACUCAUGGGUUUGGUUUAGGGUUAAAUCAUUAUUAUUUCAUAAAAUAAAUUUAAGGAUUUGUUCUGUGUUAUCCAAAGAUACAUCAGUAUAUUGUCACAAUUGUGCUGUUAAAGUGCUGAGACCCUUUUUAUAAAGAAACAAAAAUUUCAGGUCUUCUUAAUUCAACACAGAAUCAUUAAGCACCUACAAAGAAUAUUUUACAAGUGAUAGUAUUUCAACAAUGUAUUAACUAAUAUUUUUGAUACAAUGAUUUCAUAUUGGAAUCAUGACCUGCCUGUGCAAAGGGACAAAUGGCUUAGAUUGCUAUACUAGUGGAACUAAAGAUAGAUGUUUGCACAUUCACAGUCUCCCAUUUAGAGCUAUUUCACAAAAUGGUCAACAUCGGAGGCCCUAGUUUAUUUUUGAGAUGUCAUAUAUUCUCCAGAUAUUAGAAAAAUACUCCCUACCUUUGGCUAUAAAGUGUUAAAGAGCUAUUGACUUACAUCCUUUAAUUGGUUUUCCUUUUGAAGUUCAGACCAUUUAUUUCCAUAAGGACCUUAAGUUCUAACAUAACCUAAAAACUUUUUUCAGGAUGUGUUCUUUCUCACUGGAUCAUCUUGACUUAAAAUUCUUAAUAUUCAAGAAUUUAUACUUAUUUUUACUUUAGUAGCCAUGGGGACAGUUAUAUAUCUUAAAGGAAAAUAUCUAAAGCAUUUUUAGAAGUAUUUAGAUUGUCUCGCAUAUGUGCAUAUGUACAGCUUCUAUUGUCUUGUCUCUUGUCAGUAGACCUUCAGUAUACGGUGUGUGGGAUAUGUGAGUCAAGUUGGUCAGCACCAGCAUCUGUCCAGCUGUUGAGUAUAUUGUGGUUCAUUUAAAAUCCGUUCUAUCCCAACCAUGAGCAAAGGUGCUGUAUCUGAGGGGUGUGCUGUGAUUUUAUUUCCGUACACUAGAGCACACAGUAGAAAAUUCUUAGCUUCAUUAGUAAUAUGACACAUGUAUAUAGUGAGAUGUCUUUAUUGUGUGCUUUGCAUAUUUUGUAAAUAUUUUGCACGUCAUUAUUUUUCUUUUUUGUUUAAGCAGUGUUUGGCCUGGAAGAGUGAUAUGCUUGCUGCUUAAUCAAAGGAUUAAAGAGUUAAAGAUGUCUAUG